UCGGUUGCGAUGGCGGCGGAGCGGGCCGAGUUUGCGCUGGCCAAGGAGCGCCAGGCGCAGCAAGUGCUCGCGCGUAGCCACGUGCGGCAGCUCCGCAAGGUCAACAGCCCGCAGAUCCACACGCUCUUCCAGAUGCACAAAGAGAAGGCGUCGCUCUUGGCCAUUAGCCAGCACCUGCGCAUGGCACCCUGCCUCGUCGCGCGGGUCUUCCUCGAGUUUAGCAACAAAGUACCGAAAGCCAACAUCUACAAGGCGCUGCUGGCGACGCUAGAUGAUGAGACUCCCGAGCAUGGCCUGUCCGGGCGCCUCCGCGCCGAGCUCCGGGCCUGUGUCGUCGCCGACGUGCACUGCUCGCCGCUCUGCGACCGCAUCCGCCGCAGCGAGGGCGACGAGUACGAGCACAUGAUGAUCUUGCGCUUACACCAGCUCGGUAUUCCGUUCGAGAACGAGCACAUGCUGCGGGAGCGCGGCUUGGCCAAGACGCCGGACGCUCUCUUGCUGGCGCCGAUUCAAGUGCGUGGCCGGGACGGCCGGUGGCACCUCGUACAGUGGAUCGACUCCAAGGCCAUGGCCCAUGAAAGCGGCACCGAGAACGAAGCCCAGCACAUUGCGCAGGCCCACGCGUAUGUGAACCGGUUUGGACCUGGCAUGCUUCUCUACUGGAUGGGCAUCGAGGCCGACAUCGCGACCAUUCCGGACGUGCUCAUGGUCGACCACAUUCCGAGCGAGAUUCGCAUGCCGGGAAGCAUCGCGUCGGCGCCAUUGACGGUACCUGACGGGACAUCUUUUGCAGUGCAAGACGGUCACAUUCGCCGCCACUUCAACGACGACGGCGUGCCCUGCUCGUAUGUGAGCUUUGACGACGCGUAAAACGGCCUCAUAGACGGUAGUACACUCACGUUAUAUGCGUUUACCUCA